AUGGUUACAGACAAAUUUACGACACUGACUGAUGACGAGGUGUUCGUGUUAUUCUGUUUUCUGUGUUCUGACUCCGGUCCUCCUGACUUCACCGACACAGAGUGGCUGGACAUGCUUGAUAAGAUACGACGGAUAGCGUCCCGUAAAGGGAAUUCUGUAACAAGUGAGGACGCACAGCAGACUCUGGACAGACUGAAGUCACGUGAUUUCCUUUGGGUAAAUCAGGAAAAGAUUGAUAUAAAUGAUGACGCUAAGGACGAGACCAUGUAUAAGAUAUCAUAUAGAGUUGGACUUAACCCCGUGAAAAUACGUACGAGAUCAAAUAGCUGUAUAGUUAGAUUAGAUCGCCUGCCUUUCUACAUCACAAGCUAUGAUACAGCUACUAGGUAUCUGAGAUCACAUGGCUAUACCAGAAAAAAUGGAGAAAAAUGUGUCAUUGGGAAGGAUUCUUUAUGUUAUCAAUUGCUCAUACUCCGUCUACAGAUGAACAUACUGACUCACGUCACCAAAGAGGACUCAAGGAUGUAUGAGAUACUGGUUCAGUUCUUAAACACACCUGACAACAAAAUAAAAGGGAAUCAAAGUGAGCGAGAGCAGUUUAUAGAAACCCUAAAAGAUUCAGGGGAGGCUGUACAAUACAGAGGAAGAUCACAGGACAGUGUACAACACUUGAGGUGGAUCGGGAGUGCCGCCAGGCCUGACAUAGUGAGAUCCUGUAUAGGCCUUCAUUCACACAAUGACAUUUACAUCAUCGACAACAAAGCUUACAGAAAACCAAGUACAUAUCAUAAAUAUUCAGAAGAGGUCAGAAGUCUUCUUUACAGUUUACUGUUGUGUGACAAGUACACGGGGAUUGUAAAUGGAGAGGCGUUCAGGUCAAUAAUGAUAAAGAUACGAGACAAGUAUUUUCAAAAACUUUCUCCGUCUGAUGAUGUUGACAUAAAACAUCUUAAGCAUGUAAUCAUAGAAAUACAGAAUGGUGAGGUUUCGUUUGUAUCAGAUAUUGUCCGCCAUGACGUUAUGUACGCCUUUGUUACGGAGUGUCUAGUGGAGGACAGUGAUCUAGAGUUUUUCCUGACCACGGCUUCAUGUGACGUGAUAUCAGAAUACUGCAGGUCCUGGGAGUAUAUGAGGAGUGAGGGAGAGAGAUGUCUGUAUAUACCAAUGGAGCCGGAAAAGAUGUACGACCUCUUCAUAGACAAACUACAGCUGGACAUCAUCACACACUGUACCGUGUCUGAAUGGAGGAUUCAAGACAGGAUCAGUAAACGUUUAAAAGUUCCCAAAGAAAUAUUGAAAUGGGACCAGAAAGCCAGAGAACGGUACGUUCAGUACGCCGAGAGAGGGGGAGUACAGGUUGUCCAUCACGCCAGGGGAAUGAUUGUAGGAUGUGCUGGGGCCGGGAAGACCACGCUACUGAAUCGUCUACUCAAGCGCAGUAAGAAAGAACUAAAGAAAUUAAAGUCAACGGAAGGAUUAGAGGUCCACGAGGAAGUGUCUGAAAUCUGUGAAAAGAAACGAACACUAAAAGUUUUAGUUAAGGAAAGUGUAAGGAAAUCUAAUAAAGACAGAGAUGAAGCAAAGCCAGACACUGGUGCACAGAAAACAUUGAGUUUCUUUGAUUUUGGAGGACAAUGUGCGUACUAUGCCUGUCACCAGAUUUACCUGACCAGGAGAGCUUUCUAUGUUGUGGUGGUGGACGCUUCUAAACGUCUUGACCAGAAGGUGGAUAAGAAAGUGUGUGAUCAAGAUGAUACUGUUUUUGCAAACUGGACAUACAAGGAUUACUUUCUAUUUUGGAUGAAAUCCAUCCACACGUAUUGUCAUGGACAUUUAUAUAACGACAAAGACAGUGAUGUUAUUAUCAUUCUAGUUGCAACCCACUGGAACAAACGUGUUUACAAGGGUAAAGCUGACUUUCUUGAUAGUCUGCAGAGCGUAUUGCCUGCUAAUUUUAAGCUUGUCCAGUACAUCAGAGAAGACAGAUGCUUCUGCACAGAUUUAUUGACUGACCCCAUCAAUGACCUUGAAGAAUGCAUCGUACAAAUAGCAGCAGAGGAAAAGUGGAGUGAAAAAAUUCCCUGUGAAUGGAUAUUUUCUGACACAAUUCAGAAAGAGAAGCAUAGGCGGGUGAUGAAUCUUGACGAAAUUAAAAAUCGAUUUAGGCAUCAUGGAGAUGAAAACCUAGUGCUUGAACUGGCAAGUGAUAUGUUAAGGUAUUAUCACGAUGCUGGAAAAGUUCUUCAUUUUGAUGAAGACUAUCUUAGGAAAUUCGUGAUAAUUGAUGUCCAGUGGUUUGUUAAUGCAUUUAAAUUCAUUAUGACAGACAGGAUUCAUGUAAAGGGAAUCGUUGCUAGUAACCAAGAUUGGGAGGAUUUCUACAAAACAGGAAAUUUAAAUGAUUCCCUUCUCAGUGAUAUUUGGAAAUUAGAAGAUGAAAGACUUUUGAGAACUGAAACUUCAUCAAAGAAUGCAAAAUUUGAUAAGGAUCCUCGUUUUCUACUGUUCCACAAAGAACAAUUAUUGUUGUACAUGCAGAGAUUGGGUUUGAUUUCUAGUGAAGGCAAGACACACUACAUUCCUUCCAUGAAUAAGAAGGACUUUGGAGAAACACAGAAAGAGAUAAUCAAGAGGUCGAAUUCAAAGUCCUCCGUCCUUGUAUACUUGUUCGACUUUUUGCCGUAUUUCUUCUUUUAUCGUUUAGUUGUAGCGUUGAUGCAAAUAGAAAAUUGGACAGUACUGACAAGUAACAAUAUAAGCUGCUUGUACAAGGAUGCUGCACUGUUCAAUCACAAAAAUCAUAAUAUUGCUAUCGCAGUAACUACAUCUACAAUUCAGCUUCAAAUAUUUCAGUCCGGCUCUCAAAUGACAAUGCUCCCAGAAGUGACAUUGUCUAUUCGAAAAAGAGUUGAAUCCAUAUUGCAGAGUGUAACGAAAUCUUUCCACAAAUGUCUUGCAUACGAAGUGGGAUUUAUUUGUGAUGAAGAAGAAAAUCAAAUUCUAGGCAAAGAAGUUGCCCACAAUUUUGUCGAGGAAAGCAAGGUGGGAAGUGGAAGCCAGAUGCCAUGCCCUCGACAUCAGAUGGAGGGAUUCCACACGAUAAACCCUGAUUAUUUGCUUACAUAUUGGAAAUAAAAACCAUUAUUUUCCAGUUGAAACGAUCUAACAAAUCCUGCAUAUUGAUUAUGCUAACAUUUUCUCUUAAGAAAUAUUUCCAUGAACUUGUUUAUAAUGCUUUAAUUGAUGUUUAUGCAAUCAUUUUUGCUACACAUUCGUACACAUGUAGGUUUUUCCAAGUUUCAUAAAAAUCAUUUAAAUUUUGUUUGUAUUUCGAAUAAGCCGUCAUUGAAUGAAAUAAUCAUAUGAAUGUACAUAUACAUGUUUGUGUUCAAAAUCAAUU